UCUGAUGUUGAAUGGGAUUGUGGCGUGUUAGUAACUUCCUGUCCUCGGUCCUCCUCAGACUACGCCUUCGCCACCCCGGUGGAGGUGGACGCUCUGGGACGCUACCUGAGCCACGACGUGGGCCGGCGAGGACGCCGGGGCCGGAGGUCGGCCCCGGCGUCCCUGCACUACCGCUUCUCGGUCUUCGGCCGGGACGUGCACCUGGACCUGGAGCCGUCCCCGGUGGUGGCGGGCUUCACCGUGCAGACGCUGGGCUCGGAGGGCGUCGCCACGGUGACGGAGGGCGACGCGUUCCGGGGCUGCCUCUAUCAGGGAUUUAUUCGGAACCUGUCCUCAUCCUCGGCGGCCAUAUCCACGUGUUCGGGACUGUCAGGUCUGAUCCGCGUGUCGGAGCACGAGUAUUUGAUCUCUCCUCUCCCUCAGCAUCUGGCCAGACGUCACAACUUCAGCGCCCCCGAGGGCCACCGCCCCCACGUGCUCUACAAGCGCUCCGCCCAGCACGCCGUCCACAACCCGGCCGGCGACGCCCCUCCGCCCACGCCCGCCAGCCGUCGCCACGACGACCCGCACCCAGGCCCGCCCAAGCGACACUUCUGCGGGCGCCGCAAGCAAUACGCUCCGGAACUUCCCGCCGAGGACCGCUUCGUCAUGCCGGACGAGUUCGCCACGUCGGACGGCGAGGGUCCCGGCAGGCCCAGGAGGUCGCCUAUGGACUCCAACAGGGUGGGGGCUCUGAACGUGGAGACCCUGGUGGUGGCGGACAAGAAGAUGGUGGAGAAACACGGCCGGGACGACGUCACCACCUACGUCCUCACCGUCAUGAACAUGGUUUCCAGUCUCUUCAAAGACGGCACCAUCGGCACAGACAUCAACAUCGUGGUGGUCAGCUUGUUGCUCCUGGAACAAGACCCCCUGGGCCUGACCAUCAACCACCACGCCGACCACUCGCUCAACAGCUUCUGCCAGUGGCAGUCGGGCCUGGUGGGCAAGAGCGGGAAGCGUCACGACCACGCCGUCCUCCUCACCGGCCUGGACAUCUGCUCCUGGAAGAACGAGCCCUGCGACACCCUGGGUUUUGCGCCUAUAAGCGGCAUGUGCAGCAAAUACAGAAGCUGCACCAUCAACGAGGACACGGGACUCGGCCUGGCCUUCACCAUCGCCCACGAGUCCGGACACAAUUUCGGGAUGAUCCACGACGGCGAGGGGAACCCGUGUCACAAAACCGAGGGCAACAUCAUGUCCCCGACUCUUGCAGGCAACAACGGCGUGUUCUCCUGGUCCACCUGCAGCCGGCAGUACCUCAGUCGCUUCCUGGGGACCACACAGGCGUCCUGUCUGGUGGACGAGCCCAAGCAGAUCGGCCAGUACAAAUAUCCCGAGAAGCUUCCCGGGCAGCUUUACGACGCGGACACCCAGUGCAAGUGGCAGUUCGGAGCCAAGGCCGCCUUGUGCCGCCUGGACUUUGUCAAGGACAUCUGCAAGUCGCUGUGGUGUCACCGCACGGGCCACCGAUGCGAGACCAAGUUCAUGCCCGCCGCCGAGGGUACGAGCUGCGGGCCAGACAUGUGGUGUUGGCGAGGUCAGUGCGUGAAAUACGGCGAGCACGGCCCCAAAGCGGUCCAUGGCCAGUGGUCACCCUGGUCCCAGUGGUCGGAGUGUUCCAGAACCUGCGGAGGCGGGGUCAUGCACCGAGAGCGCUCCUGCACCAGCCCCAGGCCGCAGUACAACGGUAAUUUCUGUCCGGGCUCCAACCGUCUCAACCAGCUGUGUAACACCCGGCCGUGCCCGCACAACACGGUGGACUUCCGGACCCAGCAGUGCGCCGAGUACAACAGCAAGCCCUUCAGGGGCUGGUACUACAAGUGGAAGCCGUACACCAAAGUAGAAGAUGAAGACGUCUGCAAGCUGUACUGCACCGCCGUGGACUUUGACUUCUUCUUCGCCAUGUCCGGCAAGGUCAAAGACGGCACCUCCUGCUCCCACCACCAAGGCGACGUCUGCAUCGACGGAGUUUGCGAGGCCGUGGGCUGCGAUCAGAUUUUAGGUUCCAAAGCCUCUCUGGAUUCGUGUGGCGUAUGUAAAGGGAACAACUCCACCUGCAAACUGUACAAGGGCCAAUACACCCUGCAGCACAGAGCCAACGAGUACUACUCCAUGGUCACCAUCCCGGCGGGCGCUCGCAGCAUCCGCGUGGAAGAGAUGGAGGUGUCCAGCAGCUACCUGGCCGUGCGCUCGCUGAAGAGGAAGUACUACCUGACUGGGGAGUGGACGGUGGACUGGCCGGGGAAGUUCCACAUGGGAGGAGCCGUGUUCAGCUACCAGCGCUCCUUCAACACGCCGGAGAGCCUCCACGCCGCCGGGCCGACUAAUGAGACGCUGGUGUUUGAAAUCCUCCUGCAGGGCAGGAACCCCGGCGUGGUUUGGGAGUACACGCUGCCCCGGGCCGAGAGGAAGCCCGACUACAGCUGGGGCGUGGUGCGCUCCGACUGUUCCGCUCCAUGCGCCGGAGGUCGUAUCUCCACCAAGGCCAUUUGUCUGCAGGACCAGAAAGUCCACGUCAACUCCAGCAUGUGCAACCCGCUCACCAGACCUACCCUGGGUUCUCACCUCUGCAACACCCAGCCCUGUCCUGCAUACUGGUGGAGCGGAGCCUGGGGGUCUUGCAGCCGCUCGUGUGGAGGGGGCCAGCAGAGCAGAAGUCUGCGCUGCAUGAGGAAGGUGACCUACCAAAGAGAGGAGGGGGCCGCUCACUCCCUCUGCCCCGUCAUCUCACCUGCUCAGGUGCAGCCCUGCAACACCAUGGCCUGCCCGCCGGACUGGAACACUGGAUCCUGGUCUCAGUGUUCCAAGUCGUGCGGCCGCGGACUCAGGAAGCGUAGCGUGUUCUGCCAGGGCGGCGACCCCGGGGCCGGCAGGACGGCGGUGGCGGUGGUGCCGGACAGCAUGUGCAGGCAGCACCAGCGGCCCAAAGCCCAGGAGACCUGCGUGUUGCGCCGCUGCCCCAAGAACGACCGGCUCCAGUGGCUUCCUGCUUCCUGGGGAGAGUGCUCCAGGUCCUGUGACGCGGGUCUCCAAACGCGAGAGCUGCGCUGUGGGGAGAAAGACUUCCAGGGAGGGUUUGUGGAGUUUCCCCUGAGAAGGUGCAGGAAUCUGCCCAAACCCUCCGUGGAUCUUCAGCAGGUCUGCAACCGAGGUCCCUGCCCUGAGGUGCCUCGGGUCUCGGCGGGCAGGAACGCCCCGGGUGCUGUGGCGUCGGGCUGGUACUCAUCUCCGUGGCAACAGGGGUCUUUGCUCGUGCCGGUGCUGAUGGCAUCACUUUGGGGGAGCACGUCUGCGGCGACGUGUCCCAGCUUGAGACUGUUGCUUCCCCCAAACAAGCGGCAGGCGUACCGCUUCCUGGCCGUCAAUAAGAAGCUGGGCCUGAGUGGGCGUCCGGAUCGACCCGUGGGCUGCAUCGGCACCUCCAAGGUCACAGGUCACGGGUGA